AUGCCGGGCUUUCUUCCUGAACCGUUGAGGAUGUUGGUGACAAGCCCAGCGAUCUUGGACUUCACCCCGGAUGGCCCUCUCCCAUAUGCAUUGCGGCAGAAGUUUACUGGAAAGCCGCCACCUGUGACUCCUGAUCUCUCCUUGGCUUCUCGAACCGUGCUGGUGACGGGAGCGACGUCCGGGGUCGGUCUCGAGGCAGCACGUCAGCUUGCGCAGCUGGGCCCACGCCUUCUGAUCCUUGGGGCGAGAAAUAUGAGCAAGGCCGAACAGAUUAAGAGUGAGCUCGAAAGGAAUACGCCUCAUCUUACCGUACAGGCGGCUGAGUUAGACCUGGAAAGCCUUUCGUCUGUCGACUGUUUUGUGGACGAGCUGAGCGCCAACUCGAUCCGGCUGGAUUUGGCACUUCUCAAUGCAGGGUUUUUUGCUCACGAUGACCGGAUUACCAAAGAUGGAUACAGCCCACUGUUCCAGGUGAAUUUUCUCAGUACCGCAUAUCUCGCAUUGAGGCUGCUUCCUCUGCUUCAUACAAUGGCUCCACCUCCUCCUACUAGUACUGUCUGCCAGGGGCCAACCCCGCCGGGCCCACGUCUGGUGUUGGUAACCUCCGAGGCGCAUGCUUGGACAACGUUUCCUCAUGUGCCCGGACCCACGGACAAUCGUACUCUGCCUAUAUUGUCCGUCUUCCGAGACAAGAACACGCUUGGCAGUGCAGACGACCAAUACGCCCGCGCCAAGCUGCUUCUUGCGCUGUUUGGGAAGGAAUUGUCCCGGAGAUUGACCGCGGCGGAGAACGACACGACGGUGGUCAUCACCACUCCAGGGUUCUGUGCCUCGAACUUCUUCCCAGAUGGGAUGAUGACCCGGCUGAUUCAGUUCACCUCCGCUCGCUCGGCCCAACAGGGAGGAGCGUUGCAUGUCUUCGCUGCCACAGCACAAGGACCCGAGAUACAUGGGGCCUAUUUACGUGAUGGAAAGCCCACUCGACUAUCGAAGUUUGCGCAAAGUCCGCAAGGCCAGACCCUGCAACAACGGCUAUGGGGCGAGAUGGAAGAGUUCCUCAUACAGCGAGGAAGUUCGCCCUUGGAAAUUCGACCUUCGUCUGCGAGCCCACAAAGGCCAAUGUAG